GAAGGCUAGAAGGAUAUUUUUCUUGUCUUUUGUCUAUUGAAAAGCUCUCCCCUGCCGUAACCCACACUGUUACUGCUACCGCCGAAGAUAUGUGCCUGGCAUCAUUCUUACAUGAUGGGCUGGAGUGGGGGGAACGAUAG